CUUGGCGCUGCCGCACCUGGUAGCAUGUGCACCGUGAGCGCGACGUCGUUCCCGGAUGGCGACAAUCCCUUUUGGCUGCCGAAUAGGUUAGACCUUUACGCUCCAGGAUGGGCAAUGGUCGUUGUAGUUAUUUUAUUUUCUUCUCUUCUGCCCAGGCUUUCUCUCUCUCCGCUGGCUGGCGAGGAACGAUUCAUGCGAAUCUAAAAGCUCCCAUGUCCUCCCCCAUCUGAAUGUUCUGUUCUUUAGGUUUUGUUUUCUAUUUCUCCUCGUGUCUCUUCUCUCCGUCUUUCCUUUCUUUGCUCCAACCCUUCUUCGUUUCUUAGUUUCCGGACAUCCAUCAGCCCAAAAGUCUCUACUCCCUGGUGGUGCAGCUCUAAUAUCCGUCCGGUCUUCGGCUUCUAUAACCCUUCUUCCGAGCUGGGCUCCAACAGUUGAGACAGUGUCUCUCGUUAUCGACACCAACUAGCUCUACGUAGCCUUGGCCCACCUAAUAUCUUAUACACAUCAAACAAAACAAACCGUCAUCAUGGUCUCUCAAUCGUACCUCCUCAGCUUGGCCGCCAUCUGCGUCGUCGUCAACGCCGCCCCGCUCCCGCUUAACAUCAACCUCGGCGCUUACUCCCCCGCCCUGGUGGUCGGUGAUGGUGCUAUUGAAUUCGAAGGAGCCGCCAAAAAUAGUGUUGAGUCCAUCAUCAACACCCUGCAAGGUGCCGCUGCCGCCGGUGCUACACGUGCUGCCGCUACUGAGGGUGCUGCUCAGCCUGCCACCAGCAGCCAGGCCGCCACAACUCAGCAGCAGGGUCUCGGCUUGGGUGCCAAGGCCGUCGACACCGGUAUUCUCAAUGAGAAGGCAUCUCUCCCAUUACCCGGUUCAGCCCCAUUAGGGCCCCGCUCGGAGAAAGUUGAGGUCGAGGAGGAGGACGCGGAAGAAGAGGAGGAGUCCGCUUCGGCUCCUCUACAAAAGAGGCAGAACGAAGGCUUUCAAGCUGCAUUAAACUACGCCGAGAAGGCCCUAACCAAAGGUCCCAAGAUACAGAUGGGCACUCCCGCUGCUGGUGUUGGUAUCAUUGUCGACAACACUGCAGGUAAAGCUGCUGCCUAAAUUUGGCCUUGUGGCUAGUUUUUUUUUGCUGCGCAUAAUAAAGCCGUGUAUAUUGUAUUAUGGCCAAGGAGUUUCCGUGUGCUGGGUUUUGUUGGUUUUGGGCUGUUACAAAAGGCGUACCUAGACGAGCUAUUUUUUAUUGAUUUACUUUAUAGUUACUUUGAAGGUACAAAUCCCAGGACACAAAGCCCAGGCACCAUCAGCUAGCUAUUCAGAGC